AUGACAGCCGUGGGCUAAGAAUAAAAGAACCGUUGAUCUGCAACAGAACAUCUUGGAUUUCUUCUCUUUGGUCGAUUUGUCCUCAAAUUAAACAGAUAAAAUCCUAGCAAAGUAGCAGUUUACAUAGUUAACCAGUCAAACAAAAAAUGCUGAAGAAAAAUAUCCAGCUACCAGAGUAAUCGACAGCAAUUUACUGCUUUGACAGCUAAGCUAGCUAGUUAGCAAGCCAGAGAGGAUCUCGACCAGACGUGUGACCAAGUAGUCACACCCUAAUCUGGGGAAACAUGAGUGAAAUGUAGACCAGAGUAAUGCAGCAUGUAGUAGGACUUUUGUCAUCGUGAAAGACAUUCACUUUUUUCAGAAUCUGGACAUGGCUGCCUCAUCAUCAUGCUACAGCCACAGCCGUCCGCGAGAUAGCGCUUGCCAGCCAGUCUGCUAAAUCAACUAGCUACAUCGGAGCUUGAAAACAAAUCGGUUUAUUUUGUUGCACAUAUAAUAUUGUGGUAUUAUGAAUUCACCCAUGUAUACAUUUGUCGCACGAGACGACAACAGUACUAUUUAUGCUGAAGUUUCCAAAAUUCUCGUCGCUACUGGACAAUGGAAGAGACUGAAAAAGGAUAAUCCCCGAUUCAAUUUGAUGUUGGGCGAACGGAACAGACUGCCAUUUGGACGGCUUGGUCAUGAGCCUGGACUGAUGCAACUGGUGAAUUAUUACAGAGGAGCAGACAAGUUGUGCCGCAAAGCAUCUUUAGUCAAGUUAAUCAAGACUAGCCCGGAGCUUCCAGAUCCCGGCAACUGGUUGCCUGAAUCGUACAUCAUCUAUCCUACUAACCUCAACACUCCCAUUGCGCCUGCAAAGAAUGGCAUAAGCCACCUGAAAAGUAACCCCAAGACGGAUGAAAGAGAAGUUUUCCUGGCCUCUUAUCACUCAAGGAAGGAAAGCGGAGAGGGAACAGUGUGGAUCGCCAAGUCAUCUGCUGGAGCAAAAGGUGCUGGAAUUUUGAUAUCCCACGAUGCAAAUCAAUUGCUGGAGUUCAUUGAUAAUCAAGGGCAGGUUCAUGUCAUUCAGAAGUACCUAGAAAGACCACUACUGUUGCAACCUGGCAACCGUAAAUUUGACAUCAGGAGCUGGGUGCUCGUGGACCAUCAGUACAACAUCUACCUUUACCGGGAGGGUGUGCUGCGGACGGCCUCGGAGCCCUACGACAGCUCCAACUUCCAGGACGUGACCAGCCACCUGACCAACCACUGCAUCCAGAAAGAGCACUCCCAGAACUACGGCCGCUACGAGGAGGGCAACGAGAUGUUCUUCGACGAGUUCCGGCAGUACCUGCUGAGCACCUACAACAUAGUGCUGGAGACCAACAUUUUACCUCAGAUAAAGCAGAUUAUAAGGAGCUGUCUGACAUGCAUUGAGCCUGCCAUCAGCACUAAGCACUUGUCCUAUCAGAGCUUCCAGCUCUUCGGCUUUGACUUCAUGGUGGACGAGAGCUUCAAGGUGUGGCUGAUAGAGAUCAAUGGAGCUCCGGCCUGCGCACAGAAACUCUACCCGGAGCUAUGCCAAGGUAUCGUGGACGUGGCCAUCUCCAGUGUCUUCACACUGAACAACGAUUCCGAACCACGAUCAUCUUCCUCCUCCCCUGCUCCCUACUCCUCCUCCCCCUCAUUUUCUACUCUCACCUCAUCCUCCUGUUCCUCUCCGAAACUGAGAGGACCUCUCCACGUGGGCCCAUUCACCCGAUUGUAAGUCCCCCCCCCUCCUCUGCUUCAGAAGUUCCACCCUCUGCUCCUCACUUCUAGACUUUUCUGAGAGGUCCCACAAGUCAGGAAGCUUGCCACCUCAUUGGUUCGUGUUUUGACAAGUCUCAAAGUGGUUUGCCCUUGUGAUUGACUGAAGAUUGAAUGUGGGACCUUCUCGUAUGUGCUACCAGAUGUUCCUCUCUCAUACACCACAGUGGAAGGGCAUUUCAGAGGAAAGCCUGGGCAGACAUGCAGAAUAUGAAUGUGGAGACUUGGUGAAUGUUUGAGUGAUGAUGAAUGGGCGACAGACUGAUGACAGGUUUGGGGGUCCCAGAGCAAUGAGAGAAGCCUUUGUGUUCCAGUGCUGCCACUGAGGCUCCCCUACACUGUGUACGGACGACCUCUGAAGAUGGAGGGGAUGCUUUACUUAUUAUACAGACUUUAGUGCCUUACAUCGCCACCCAUACCCACUUAAAGAUGCAACCUGACGAUUUAGCAUAGCAUUUCUGCUACUGUGUGUGUUACGUGAGCCAGUGUAUUGUCGGUCAGGCAAGUGUGUGUGUAUGCGCGGUGUCGACUUCUUAUUUAUUUUUCUCUCUGGGUUUGGAGAUCUUUUGAUUUAUCCACAAAAGUUAGCAUUCCUACAUCUUUGUUUCAUAUCAUGGUUAUUCACAAAGCCCCGGAGAGUUUUGUGUACUGCAUUUUUUUUUUUUUAGUAUUAAAGCAGAAAAUAGGAUGCAUCCAGUUUCUUUUUUAUUGCUAUGUAAAUUGUAUUAUAGCUAUUUGAUAGCUAUUAUUCUGCGCAUGCCGUGUAGUUUUAGGUCUUUGAUUUGAGACCUUUUUUUUUUUCAAGUUAAUUUAGUCAGUGUUGUUAAUUCACCCCUUGUAUAAGAGAAGAUUCGUAGACAGAUUACUUAUUUUUUUCUCUGUCAACAAAGAGCAUUUGUUGAAUGACUAGAGAUAAACCUUCCCUGUCCAUCUGAGACUAGAUUUGCAACUUUCUAACAUUGCAAACUAUUUUGAACCUUCUAUGGUUCAGUAAAACUAUGGUUCAGUAAAAGCCAGUAAAACUGUUAGAAUUAGAAUCAGUCACCUUUAUUCUCCCAGGUACAUUUACAUAUAGGCCUACUUGGAAUUUGAUUUGGUGAAAUGGAGCUGCCACAGUCAACCGAAUCAACAAACAGAAUAUAGACGAUGAACAUAUACAGAUGGAAUAUAUCGACAAGGAAUUUACGAAUCCACGUACACUGUACACAGUUACGCACCAGGGGAUCUCCGCUACAGCUGUAGAUCAGUUUGUUUGUCAUUUUAAGAGGGACUGCAUGUUGGUGUGGAUGCACGUUACAGUGUCUUAUGUCCUAAUGCAAGUAGGCCUACUCUCCCCUUUUGCCUCUAAUACUGAGAGUUCUUAGCCAAGCACUUCCUUUAAAAUGGUCUCUUUCGUACCUUUUUGAUUACCUUCCCAAUAGGUCCACGAGACACACCUGUUUGUCAAGAACUGCAUUGCAUUUUGACACCGGAUGUUUUGAAAUAGAUUUGCCUAGUUCUGCACCAAUUACUUUUGCAUAAAUGUUUGUUUAGUGCGUGUAUUAGUGAUGCUAGCUCAAAGAAAAUGUGUUUCUUGUUAGUUUUUGCUUGCUUACUUAAAACAUGUAGUGAACUUGAAUUAAACGUAGUAGCUUCAACCCCAGAAUUGACUUAGUGAAACUGCCACGUCCAUUUGCGAUCUUACAACAACAGACGUUACUUCAAACAACGAGCACUGUUUUUUUCCCCUCGGACAUCAUUGCAUGCGCGAUAGAACAGCAGUACCACGAUGCUGGAUGCUCCUUUCUUCAAAACAAUAACAAAUGCGCCUGGGGCGGAUCUCAGCUUUAAGUGUAUUUAAUUUUUUAAGUAGUUUUAGACUACCAACAUUGUUGUUUUAGGUUUUUAACACAGCUUCCAUGAUGUUAAGUGGAGUUGUGAUACCUGCUUGCUAGAAAGUUGUUUUCCCUGCCCUUUGUCUGUUUCUGUGUUUACACUGUGAUAUUCAAUGUAGAACACCUGACCCCAUUCAGUUUACAGAUGCUUUGUAGCAUUAUCACUCACAGUUAUCCCAUAGAUUAAGUGACCUUGUCCUAUGUUAAACAUUGUUUUAACUAUGAGUUAGUCCCUUAUUAACCACCAACUCUUUUCUUCAUUAUCACACAUUUUAGUUGAGGUAAUGCUUCAACAUGUUUUGAGUGAAACACUACUUAAGGGACAACAUUGAGACAUUUAAUCACUGUCUUUUUUUUUCUGUUUAAAGAUUGCUAUGAAGUAUGGUGUGAAUGACUGCUUGAAUAGUAUCUGUUUGAUAUGCACACGGUCAAAGCAUACAAUGUUUAUGAAUUAUAAUCUAUUUGUGGUUAAACGUUCGGUUAGUUUGUAUAUCAGAGGGGCAAAAAAAAGGUGUUUCUAGAUUGUUUUGCAAAAUAAAAAAGACCUCAACUGUAUUAUUCAACACAUUGCUUGGGAAAACAACCAAAGGAAAUGAUCAGUAUUAUUAUACAAAUUGGGGAAAUGUCUUUCCAUCAAAGGGAAGGGGUGCCUUAGUGGGAAUUGCCUCUUGAUUGGAAGAAGCAAUAGACUUCCUGCAUAUAAAUGCACCUUUUCAUUUGUUUGAUUGUAAAGAUGUGAAUUUUCCUAUUGCUAUUUGGCAUAUGUGACUGUUUUAAUUGUUCAAUCUUUUGUGUUUGUUCAGUCUUUUGUAAUGUCUGGUUGUCCUCAUGCAGAGUUUCUUUGCACUGAACGUUUCCCAUUUUUAAUUACCUGCUUGGUAGGUUAUGAAUUCUUAUUUCUUAUCAAUGAAAACGUGUUUGUAUGUUAAAAUCAAUCCCCCCUCAGUAUUACUUCCCCAGCUAUGAAAUCUGUGGGUUCUUAGGUAUUUCAAGUCCUUUUAAAGUGCAAUCUGUAACUUCCUUUGAGUGUAUCAUGGCCAUGGGAGACAAAGAAGUUAUAGAUAGCAACUUUAAAUCAAUCAUUAUCAAACAUUUUCACUAAACCAAGGCAGCCAAGAAUAAAUCAAUUGGUUGACACAACAGCAACAUUGGCACAUUGAAAUGUUAAAAACCUCUCCUCCAGUCAACAUGAUUUAACUGUACUGUGUUUAGUCAGAUGAAUGCCUAUGUUUCUUUUAGCUGUUUAUCAAACUUUUGCAUGAAAACUGUGUCACAUUAUCAUGGAGAAUAAAAUGUAAUGUAUCGUU